UAAUUCCCUAAACCCUUUUGGCGAGUGGAUCUGACGAAUCACCUUGUGAUUUCCAGUGAGGACUAAAUGACUAUCCAGGUUCAUUGUGUUUCCGUCUGUUAUAACUGCUGAAGAAGAGGCUGACCUUGAAUUGCGAUGGUGGAUGCUUGGUGGUCUCUGUUAGCUGCUAUCCCUGCAGUGGUUGCAGGACAAGCAUAUCGGGUCAAGAAGAGGCGUGCUGAAGAGGAAAGAUUAAAGAGCGCUAGGGGAAGGGAGAAGAGUUCUGAUGAGAUUUUUGUCUGUGAGAGGGUAUGCACAUCAAAGAGAAUGCUAAAAAAGGUAGGUGCAUUCUCAAAGGAUCCUAUUCCUGAUACGUGUGUUACUGUAUGUGGUGUCUCUGAGCUGGAUGCAUGCGCUGAUGCAUGCGCACGCACAGUUUGCGUGAACCAACACCAAGUACCCAACUGGAAUGACAUCUGUCUUCGGAGAUGCCAGAGUGAAUGUCUAAAACUCUCUUCCUCCAGUUCUUCGUAGGACAUUCCUUUUUGUUUCGAUAGAGAGGUGUGUAUAACAAGUUGAGUUGUCAUAGUGUCAGCUACUCCCAUUUCUGAUAUGCGUGCCCUGAUUGUGGAUGUUGAAU